UAAAAUUGGCAAACAGAGGUUUUUUUUUUCUCCAGAUCUAAAUUUCUUCUAUCGAACCCAUCGGGAGCUCGACGAAGCGGAGACGUUGGCGCGCGCAAAAGAAAGAGAUGCUGCAGUGUAUCUUCCUUCUAUCUGAUUCUGGGGAGGUGAUGUUAGAGAAGCAGAUGACAGGGCACAGGGUUGAUAGAUCCAUUUGCGAUUGGUUCUGGGAUUAUGUUAUCUCUCAGGGCGGGGAUUCAUCCAAGAUUUUACCGGUAAUUGCAUCCCCGACACACUACCUCUUCCAAAUUUUCCGUGAGGGGAUCACAUUCUUGGCUUGCACGCAGGUGGAGAUGCCUCCUUUGAUGGGAAUUGAGUUCCUUUGCAGGGUGGCAGAUGUCCUGGCUGAUUAUCUUGGAGAGUUAAAUGACGACUUGAUAAAGGAUAAUUUUGUUAUAGUAUAUGAGCUUUUGGAUGAAAUGAUGGACAAUGGUUUCCCUCUAACAACAGAACCAAACAUUUUGAGCGAGAUGAUAGCCCCACCAAAUAUUGUGAGCAAAAUGUUAAGCGUUGUAACGGGCAAAAGUUCCAAUGUCAGCAGCACUCUUCCAGAUGCAGCAGCAUCUUGUGUUCCUUGGAGAAAAACUGACCUAAAGAAUGCAAGCAAUGAAAUUUAUGUUGAUCUUGUUGAGGAAAUGGAUGCAGUUGUGAGCAGAGAAGGGGUUCUGGUGAAAUGUGAAAUUUAUGGUGAAAUCCAAGUAAAUUCCAACCUCCCAGGUCUUCCUGAUUUAACCCUGUCAUUUUCAAACCCUAAUCUCCUGAAUGACGUGAGGUUUCAUCCUUGUGUUCGGUUUCGACCAUGGGAAUCAGAUCAAAUACUGUCAUUUGUACCUCCAGAUGGUCAGUUUAAGCUUAUGAGCUACAGGGUGAAAAAACUGAAGAAUACACCACUAUACAUAAAGCCCCAGCUAACUUCUGAUGCCGGAACUUGUCACGUUAAUGUAUUGGUUGGUGUGCGGAAUGAUCCUGGAAAGCCGAUUGAUAAUAUAACAGUAGAAUUUCAUCUUCCUUCAUGUGUUUCGUCGUCCGAUUUAACUGCAAACUAUGGAACAGUCAAUGUCCUUGCAGAUAAGAUAUGCAGUUGGGACAUUGGAAAGAUGCCAAAGGAUAAAUCGCCAUCUCUCACAGGGAAUCUGAUACUUGAGACAGGGGUAGAGCGAUUGCAUGUCUUUCCUGUGUUCCGAGCAGAGUUCAAGAUCAUGGGCAUUGCUCUCUCUGGCUUGCAGAUAGAUAAGCUGGGCCUCGGGAACUUGGCUACUCGCCCUUAUAAGGGUUUCCGAGCCAUCACUCGAUCAGGGGAGUAUGAAGUGAGAUCAUAAUAGAAAUGGGAUGUUGUUUUGCGACUCCUACAAAUUACAAUCGUCUCUGUACAUGAGAGAAGAUUGCCUCCAGGAGCGUUGCAUUUCGUGAAGAUCGGGGACAAAUUGCUUUCUUCAUCUGCAUGUGUUUUCAUUUGUAUCGGCAGCGUCCUAUUAUCUGUUAAUGGAAAAUAGAUACGCAUUGCCCUGUUCAUAUUUGUGUCCAAUUAUGGUGGUAUCUUGUGCAACAUGUGUUUGCUUUAUUGUUAGGGUGAGUGAAAUCGUUGCUUUCAGAACUAAAUCUUCUAGCCCUCGGAAUUUUUACA